CGCUCACAGCCCUUGCUUUUGUGUGGGCUGAUCUGACCGAGACCGGAAACCUGGAGAGUGUUACCGAAAUAGUCAAUCAGUAUUCGUCUGCUUCGCCUACUUUUUGUUUCUUCUCUCUUCUCUUCUAUUUAUGCUUAUUUCCAUACCCUUUAUCUUUAUUUGUAUUUCCGCAAUUUAAAAAGGGCAAACAAGUUUUAGGGUUUGAAGGAAGUAGGUAUUAGUGAAGUAGAAGAGGCAUGGCAAAAGAGGGACCCAACUGGGACGGAUUGCUCAAGUGGAGCCUUGCCCAUUCUGAUGGGACUGCUCCAAAUCGCAAUCUGAGUGAGGAGGAUAGAAGAUGGUUUACGGAAGCUAUGCAAUCACAGAGCGUUGAUGUGAUAAAGAGAAUGAAGGAGAUAACUCUUGUGAUGCGAACCCCAGAACAAGUGUUGGAAUCUCAAGGAGUUACUCCUGCUGAUAUUGAAGAUUUGUUGGAUGAGCUGCAGGAACAUGUUGAGUCCAUUGACAUGGCCAAUGAUCUUCAUUCGAUCGGUGGUUUGGUCCCUCUCCUUGGUUUUCUGAAGAACACCCAUGCUAGUGUUCGAGCAAAGGCUGCUGAAGUUGUAACCACCAUUGUCCAGAACAACCCUAGGAGUCAGCAAAUGGUUAUGGAAGCAAAUGGUUUUGAGCCUCUGCUUUCUAAUUUCACUUCAGAUCCUGAUGUGACUGUAAGAACCAAAGCGCUAGGUGCAAUAUCAUCUUUAGUCCGACAUAACAAACCAGGUAUUGCUGCCUUUCAUCUAGGAAAUGGUUUUGCAGCUCUGAGAGAUGCCCUGGGUUCUGAGAAUGUGAGAUUUCAAAGGAAAGCAUUGAACUUGAUCCACUACCUACUGCAUGAGAAUAGUUCAGAUUGCAGCAUAGUCAGCCAGCUGGGAUUCCCACGCAUAAUGUUGCACCUUGCCUCAAGUGAAGAUGCAGAAGUACGAGAAGCUGCCCUUCGUGGCCUUCUUGAGCUUGCUCAAAACAAAAUAGAUGGGAACACUGGUAGAUUAGGUGAGGAUGAUGAAAAAUUGAAGCAACUCCUUGAAGAACGGAUUAAUGGUAUCAGCCUGAUGUCACCUGAUGAGCUUGGGGCAGCUAUGGAGGAAAGACAGCUUGUAGACACCCUCUGGGACACUUGCUACAAUGAACCAUCAUCUCUACAUGAUAAGGGGCUUCUUGUACUCCCUGGAGAAGAUUCAUCUCCUCCUGAUGUUGCCAGCAAGCAUUUUGAACCUCCCCUUAGAGCUCGGGCUGCUAGACCUGAUGCUAAUAAAAAUUCCAGUACUGAAAAUAAACAAACCCCCUUAUUAUUAGGAUCGGGUCCUGCAUCAGAGGCUGCAAAUGUCCAAGGGACCUCUAGUGGUGAAGUCAAUGCUGAUGAACCACAGAACAGCUCUACAUAAUGCUGAGGCAGUUUCCAAGGUUUUUAAGGCAGUCUAGUCCUACAAUCCAUUUCCUCAUCUCGGUUAACAGUGAUGCCUAGAACUAGAUCAUGAGAAAGAAAGGCAGUCAAAAACCAGAGGAUCUUCUUAGCAACUGAAAAGAUGCAAGUUGGCAAGUCGGUAUCGAUCAUGUGGUGUAUUGGAAACGGCUUCUCAGAGGAUUGAAUGCUAAUAGAUCCUAAUCUAUCUUAAAGAUCUGUUUUGGUUGGUCCUCAUUACUACUCUGAAAUCUUCAUAAAGGCAAAUGAUAUGUGAUUGCUAUGCUGGGGAUGUACUGUAACAAGCUCAAUAUCUUUCUGGUGAAAAUUUUGGAUUUAGUGUCGUGUUUCAGUGUUGUCACUAGUGAAAUGGAUUUACAGUUUUCUUUUCUUUUCUUAAA